GUCUAAUUCACCAACGAACAAGAAAAAAAUUAGAAAAAGGUCAUCUAGUAGUAGAUCACCAUCAAGAGACAGAUCAAUUUCACAUUCACCUGCGAGCCGCAAAAGAUGAGGCUGUCUUGAAAGUUAAUGUUUGAACCUUCACUUUGAGGAAAAGCAAAAGUAAUGGACGAUACUACAAGUGCUCUUCAGUACCAAAAAUAAAUUGCAUGUGCGUUCCUUCCUUUAUUUAAUUAUACUUAUUCUAUUAGAUGUUUUUCUCUCCUCCCUUUUUAUUUUUCCUCUCCAUUUUAGCAUAGGUUAAGUAAUCAUAUACAACUUAAAUGAUCUUCCAAUCUCUGAAGCUAUUCAAUUUUUGAAAAAAAAUUCAGUGCUAUCAAGUUCAAUUUUGAUGCCAUUAUAUGUGUCACUCUGCAAGAUUAGAAAUCAUUGCUUUUAAGCAAUGAAUCUGUAAACAAGCUAAUAAAUUAUUAUAACUCAAA